ACGUCACUUACGCAUGCGCACGGAGAUUCCCACAUGGGAAAAAAUCCCACGGCAGCGCAUCACUGAGUUGAUCUCGGCGUUCUUUAUGGUAUACUCGUAUAGAGCUGUGCAAAGUGCAAAGUGUCGUAAACAUGGCGCUCAAUCUCACUGUCAAAGUGCAUCCCGUGGUUUUAUUUCAGAUUGUGGAUGCUUACGAACGACGAAAAGCGGAAUCGUUGCGCGUUAUUGGGACUUUAUUGGGUACCGUGGAAAAAGGGAUAGUCGAAGUAACCAACUGCUUUUGCGUACCGCACAAAGAAUCCGAGAGCCAGGUAGAAGCCGACCUUACCUAUGGAAUGGACUUGUACGAUUUAAAUCACCGAGUUAAUGCGCAAGAGAAUAUUGUCGGUUGGUGGGCCACUGGCAAUGAGGUCACCACACAUUCAUCCGUUAUCCAUGAAUAUUAUGUGCGAGAAUGUAACAAUCCGGUGCAUUUGACUGUUGAUACUACAUUGGCAAAUACAACGAGAAUGGCGAUCAAAGCUUACGUAUGCGUUCCAUUAGGAGUGCCUAAUGGCAAGCAAGGUUCCAUGUUCACACCGGUUAAAGUUCAGAUUAGAUGCUACGAGCCGGAGGUUGUAGGACUGCAGUUAUGCUCCAAGACUCAAUUGCACACGCAUAUACAAACAUCCGGGGCAAAAUCUACCGGAGGGAUAGAACCCAUGAUGGAUCUUGCACAAGUCUCGGAGGCUUGCUCCAAACUUUCUUUAAUGCUAGAACAAGUACUUGCAUAUGUUGACGAUGUUCUAGCAGGGAAACAAUUACCGGAUAAUCAAGUCGGCAGAGCCCUUUUGGAUAUGGUACAUUCCGUACCGAAAAUGACUAGCGAUCAAUUUGACGAAAUGUUUAAUAGUAAUGUUAAGGAUCUUCUGAUGGUUGUCGCAUUAUCGCAAUUGAUAAAAACGCAAUUGCAACUUAAUGAAAAGCUUACACUACUUACAACUCUGUGAUUAAAAGUGUUUAAUUUUUUAUAUCGUAUAAACGUGUAAUGCAACAGAAAGCUAAUACGAAUGAUCCAUUUCCUAUAUAUUCAGAUUCCUGUUAAUAUAUCAUCGAUCACGUGUUGGGAUUUAUAAUAGUGUUUGAUAAACAGUGCGAAAUGAUGAUUCGAUCAAUGAAAUAUAAAAAAAUAGCAUUACAGAAUGAUACAAUUACAAUAUAUGCAC